GACCCGGCUCCCAGACCGCUCAGCUCCAGGAGGGAGGAGGCGGGACCGAACUGCUGCGUGACUUCCUAUUGGCCGCCGCGGUGAUCGACACGGCGAAGCCCAAUGGGGCUCCGCCGCUGGCCUGCCGGAACCAAUGAGAGCGCGGAGGCGGUCUGAGGCGCCAAGCGAGGGGUUCCGUGAAAAGCACUGCGGGUCGCGGAGGUGCAGACCCCUGUGGAAGUUUUUGAAUGGUGGUGCCAGAACCCCUUCGAAUUUGAUUCUGAUCUAGAAUGGCAAAAAUUAAGAAGAAUACAAAAAUUAAGGAAGGAAGCCAAAGGAAAAAAAUAAAGCGGCCAUUAGCUGCAGAGGAGCAACUUGUGUGUGAAACUGAACCAAAGAAAAAGAAACAAAGCUUGAAGGCAGUCCUCGACUUUCCGAUGUUCAAGUUACGACGAGCGGCACUUACGGCGCUUAUAAAUUGACCCCCUGUUACGACUUUCUGACGUCAGUUUCGACUUUACGAGACUCGAUCCGACGCAACGCCACAGCAGCGAACAAGUUCGCUGUGCUGCCCGUCUACCUGUGUCGAUCCGCCACACCGCCCGUUUUCCUGACUCAAGACGCUCAGUUGCUGUUCUGACACCAUUUUUAUGUGGUGAAUCUUUGUGUUUCCAAACUUUUUCUUAAAAUUUAGUGUUUCUUUGCACAUAAUGGCAGAAAAGCGUAAAUCUGGUGCAAGUGGUGUUUCUAAGAAACGUAGAGCAAUUACUAUGGAAACAAAAAUGGAAAUAAUUAAGAGAGCCGAAAAAGGUGAGACGCCAACUGAAAUCAGUAGAGCUUUGGAUAUCCCCCGGACGACUAUUGUGGGGAUAUCCAAAGACAAGGUAAGAAUUCAGGAACAUGUUAAGGGCUCAGCUCCUAUGCAGUCACCUGUGAUAACUAAGCAGCGGGUUGGACUUAUUGCUCAGGUUGAGAAACUGUUAAUCGUUUGGCUGGAGGGUCAAAAUCAACGCCGUGCUCCUGUGAGUUUAGGUAUAAUUCAGGAAAAGGCUAGGAGUCUUUAUGAUGAUCUAAAGAAACAACAGGGGGAGAGUUCUAAUACUGAGCCUUUUAAAGCAAGUAGGGGGUGGUUUAUGCGUUUUAAAGCCAGGGCUAAUUUGCAUAACAUCAAGGUCUCAGGUGAAGCUGCCAAUGCAGUUGAGCAGGCAUCGUGUGCUUUUCCUGGGACAUUGGCUGAAAUCAUUGAAGAAGGUGGGUAUUGUGCUCAGCAAGUUUUUAAUGUUGGCGAAACUGGGCUGUUUUGGAAAAAAAUGCCUUCGAGAACCUACAUUGCCAAAGAGGAGAAAUCCGUGCCCAGGUACAAAGCUGCUAAAGAUAGGCUCACUCUUUUACUCGGUGCCCAUGCUGCAGGUGACUUCAAAAAUGUUGUUGAAAUGGGCAAAGAACUCAACUUAGAUGCUGCGCCAGAGGAUGUUGAUGAGUUGCUGGCAUCACAUUCUGAAGAAUUAACUAAUGAGGACCUCAUUGAAUUGGAGCAGCAAAAAGUGGCAGAGGAAGAAGAAGAUGCACCCACUGUUGAAGAGGCUCCUCCUCGUAAAGUCUUGACAACAAGAGUGUUGGCUGAGGCAUUUCGAUAUUUGGAAGCUGCCAUGUCCCUGUUUGAGGAACAUGACCCCAACACUGAACGCAGUGCAUCAGUGAAUAGGGGCAUAUCCAACAUGUACAGCUGCUACAGAGAAAUUUACAAGCAAAAGAGGAGAAAAUCUGUCCCAACUUCCUUGGGUGCUUUCUUUAAGAAAGCAUCCAAGACUCCAGAAAAACCUGCAGCCAAGACUUCUGAGAAGACUCGAGCCAAGAACCCUUUAAAAAGUCCAACCAAGAGCUCUUCAAAAAGUCCAGCAACGUCACCUCAAAGAUGUCCUUCCAAAUCAAUAUGA